AUGCGAUCACGGAGAAGGACGCCUGGGUCCCUGAUCGGCGCUGCGCCGGCCGGCAUUGGCCUGCGGGCACCGGGAAGCGGCAGCAGGCGACGCCAGACGCUGCCGCCGCUGGCGGCGGGUGGAGGCUCUGGCAACUUUGGCGAUGAACUGCUGGACUUUAUGUAUGCGGGCAAGAAGUUGCGCAAAUGGUAUGGCCAAGAGGGGCAGGUGUUGCCGCGGGACGGGCGCGAGGGCGGGCCAGGGUCGGAGGAGCCCGAGGAGGAGGAGGAGGAGGAGGCGGCGGUGCGCGAGUAUGUGGCUGUGCUGGAUGCAGACAGCAGCCCCAUGGCGGAGCAGGUGGUGCUGCAGCUGAUUCUGAACCGAACCAAGAUCCGAGCGCUGGUGAAGGAUGCGGCGGCAGCCAAGGCGGGCUUUGGGCCCUAUAUCGAGGCGGUGCAGGGCGACAGCGGCGACCGCGCCGCCGUGGCACGCCUGCUGCGCGGCGCCAAGGCCGCCGUGUGCUGCGGCAAGCUGGGGGCGCUGCUGCCGGCGGCGGCAGCGACCCGGCUGCCGCACGCCGUGCUGCUGUCGUCGGCGGGGGCGCCGCAACAGGGCUUUGCCCUCUUUGCCAGCAGCGAGCAGCAGGCGUUGGCAGAUCCGGCCCGCGAGCAGCAGCUGCGUGCCAGCGGCCUGCCCUUCACCAUCGUCCAAGUCGGCAGCCUUGCAGGCGUGCCGGGCGGCACCAGCAGCCUUGCACUCACAGCUGGUGCGCAGCCUCAGGGCCAGGUCAGCCGGGAGGAUGCGGCCAAGGCGCUGGCGGAGGCAGCGGAGCGAGACGCGGCGACAGGGCCGCUGGUGCUGCAGCUGAGCAGCGCAGGCCAGGGGCAGCCGCCUGAAGACUGGCAGGCAGCCUUUGCUGAGCUGCUUCAGGGGGCACCGACCUCGGGUUGA